AUGGUUAUGAAGAAGAUUACUGAAGCUCUGCUGCCUUUGCUGCUGAGUUUUAUCUACUUCAAACUGUGUCUUUGCAAUGGUGAUCCAACCUUUGGUUGCAGAGAAGGAGAGAAAAAGGUGCUUCUUGAUUUCAAAGAUGGCAUCACUGAUCCUGGUGAACUUCUCUCUUCUUGGAUUGGUGAAGACUGCUGCAUUUGGUUUGGUGUUCAGUGUGACAACCAGACGGGCCAUGUUAUAAAGCUUGAUCUCCGAAACACUGAGUCGGAUGAGGUCCUCUCUGAGCAGGCCCUCGGAGGUGAGAUCAGCUUUUCUUUAAUUGGAUUGAAACAUUUGAGAUACCUGGACCUUAGCAUGAACAAUUUCGUAGGAAUUAGAAUUCCAACUUUUUUCGGUUCACUAGGGAGUCUUAGAUAUCUUAAUCUUUCAAAUGCCGGCUUUCUCGGACCAGUUCCUCAUCAACUUGGCAAUCUAUCUCACUUACAUUACCUUGAUCUCUCUAAUAUUGUUUGGUCUUAUGAUACUGUGUUUUUGGUUGGUAGUCAUUGGCUUGCAAAUCUUUCAUCUCUUCAGUACUUGAACUUGGACAAUUUGAAUCUUUCCAGAGCGCCAAACUUGCUUAAAACAUUGAACACACUUCCAAUGUUAUCUGAGUUGCAUUUAUCUGACUGUAAUCUUCAUGUCCCUCAUUCUGUUAGUUAUGUUAAUUUUUCUUAUCUUCGCAUACUUGAUCUUUCGAGUAACAAUAUUAGCUCUGUAGUUCCUCUUUGGUUGUUCAAUCUCACUAAUCUUGAGUACCUUGAUUUAAGUUACAAUUCAUUCCGAGGCCUUGUUCCUAGUGAUGUUGGAAAAUUAACUUCUCUCAAGGUCCUUAAUCUUACAAACAAUGGAGUCUUAGAAGGAGUGCCAGCAACUCUCGGAAAACUCUGCAUGUUGGAAAGACUAGAUCUUUCAUGGAACAAUUUUAAUGGUGAAUUGAUUGAAUUAGAAGAAGCAUUUUCUGGAUGCAUUCAGAAAAGUUUGAAGAUAUUACAAUGGACAAACAGUGAACUCACAAGUCAUCUACCAAGUUGGUUUGGAAAUCUUAAAUCUCUUCAGAGACUUGAUCUCUCUUCCAAUUCACUAUAUGGAUCACUCCCUCAAUUUCAACUGCCAUCUCUGCAAGAGUUGUAUAUUUCUGAUAACAAAUUGAACGGAACUAUCCCGGCACAUCUUGGAAAAUUAUUUCCAGAACUGGUGGUUUUCGAUCUCUCCUCAAAUAAUCUAGUGGGUGUUCUAACUGAAGCACACUUCAACAAUCUAUCAAAGCUUGAAUAUCUUUACAUGUCUUCCAAUUCUUUCAAAUUGGUUGUGAGUUCAACAUGGAUUCCACCACUCAAACUUAAAGAAGUUCAUAUGAGUGAUUUGGAAUUGGGACCAAGAUUUCCAACAUGGAUUCAGAAGUUGAAGAACAUCACUUCCAUUGACAUGUCAAAUGCAGAAAUAGCAGAUAUUUUGCCAAACUGGUUUUGGUACUUCUCUCCGAAUAUGCGCCAUAUAAAUCUGUCACACAACAAUCUCACAGGUCAAAUACCAAGUUCAUUCAAACUUCUCAAGCUUGAUUUUAUUGAUUUAAGUUACAAUCAUCUUGAUGGAGCACUGCCAGAGAUAGUCAACAACUCAGUUUCUGGUGCGACGAUGAAGAAUUUGUUUGAGUUAUAUCUUUCUUGGAAUAAAAUUACCGGCAUCAUUCCAAAUUCGAUAUGCAAAUUAAUGCAUUUGCGAGUACUCGACCUUUCUCAUAAUAAGAUUACCGGAGUAAUGCCUGAUUGCUGGAAUCAUUCUCAUGCAAAUUUGCAAGUUAUGGAUUUUUCUUACAAUAAUCUACAUGGAAGCAUUCCUACUUCUACAUGUUCGGGAAAUAUCCCUUUGACGUAUUUAUAUUUGAACAAUAAUAAUUUAUCCGGAGAGAUCCCUUCGUCUUUGAAAGGUUGCGGGUGGUUGUCUACUUUGGAUCUCAGUUAUAAUAACAUGAAUGGAAGCAUACCAACUUGGUUUGCAGCAAAUUUAUCAUCAUUACAGUUUCUUCAGCUCCGCGCAAAUAUGUUCACGGACAGUAUUCCUCCAGAAUUGGGUAGUCUUGAAUCUCUUCAAGUUAUUGAUCUUGCAAACAACUAUUUAUCGGGUGCCAUACCGCAUAGUUUUGGAAACUUCACUGCUAUGAAGACGGCGCCGGACCUAUCUUCUGCAAAUAUAGAAAGUUACAUGGACCACAUCAAGGCAAACAUAAAAGGAAGAGAAGAUAAUUAUGAUAAGAUACUUUUGCUUCUUAAUUACAUUGAUCUUUCAGACAAUGAGUUAUCAGGAGAAAUCCCAGAAGAAAUCACAACUCUUUCUUAUUUGACUUAUCAAUCAUCUCAACCACCAAACUCACAGAGAGGAGUUCUUGAUGAUGAAGAUGAUGAAGAUGAAAGUGUUUGGUUUUAUUCAGUAUAUUGCUUCUGA